GUCUUUCCUCGUCUAGUUAAACAACAACAACAAGAACAACACAACAAUGUCUUGGUUAUCAGAUCUGGCUAGUAAAGCUGAGAAUUUUCUGAAUACUUUGGAUCAUUCAGCUGCAGAAGUUCUUAAGGCAAAUAAUAAUGAACAUCAACCCGUUGAUGAUGAUACUAAUAAUUAUUAUCAUAAGACAAAUAUCUUAAGCACAUCGCAUGAUCUACAUUCUAAUGUUCAACUGUCAUCAUCACAUCAUUCAAGAUAUGAUAUGCCAGUGACAAUCAAACCUGUAGACAUGUUAGAGGGUAUUAUUACUGGAUGUCAGUCAUUCUCCUCAGAAGAAGGUGGUGGAAAGCAUUUUUCUGCUAGUAGUAAUCAACUAUCAUCAUCAUCAGAUGCCUUUAAAUUAAGCCACAGUACUACACAUUCAGGACAAGGGGAUCAGAAUGAAAUGUCUAGAAGUAAGAGCAAAUCUGUGAAAAAGACAAUCAAUUCUGAACAGAAUUCAUCUGAUGAUUUAGAUCUGUUUGAUUUCUUGAAUAAUAAUAGCAAAGCAGUCAGUAUACACUCUAAUAGUAGUUCAAUGGGACGAGAUCCAACAAAAUAUGAUUCUCUCUUAUCGAAUACUAAUAGAAUUGAAGAAGAUCAAAGCAGUGGUUAUGAAACCUCUUUAUCGACAAAAAAUACAGAUUCAUAUGUAACCAAAACAGAGAAUGUUGAUGAUGAUUCUUGUGCAAAGGUAGCAACAGCGCCACCACCACCACCACCAACAACAACAACAGCAACUGCCUUAACUGGAGGUGAACCACCCGUUAAAAAAUCAAUAACAAUAACUGAAGAGACCGUGAAUAAGUCGUCGAAUAAUCAGCUAUCGAUUGUCAAUGACUUACGACUAGAAAAUAAGCUUCUUCGUAGUGAAGUUUCAUCGUUAAGUCAAGAAGUCUCUGGACUGUUACGACGUAAUCAUAAAGCUUCAGAAGAGAUUAAACAAUUAACUGGUCAGAUUGAUCGCCUCAAUAAUCAAUUGAAAGAUUCAGAUACACGUGUUCGUGAACUACAAAUCAAGCUGAAAGAAACUGAAUUAUCUAAAAAGUCCUUUGAUGACACCAGCAAUAAUAAUAAAAAUAUUAUUAUUGAACAAUUAGAAAAUAAAGUGAAGGCAACCGAAUCGAAGUUAUCCACAGCACAGAAUGAUUUAAAUCAUUUACAAUCACAAGUAGAGAAGAAUAAAUUGACAAUUAAUACAUUGGAAGCUAACCUACACGAAUCUCGUCAGCAAACUUUAAUCGCAGAUAAAAGAACUGAAUUAGCUCAAAAUGAUAAUAUACGUUUGGCACGUGAAUUAACACAAUAUAAGGAAAAAGCUAAUCAUAUUUUAGCCAUGAAAGAACGGGUAAUAGCUUCACUACGUGGUCAAGAAAUGAGUUCUGAUGGAUCACAAAAUAUUCUUAGCAAUGAAGAGAAUACAGAAAAUGAAUUGAUUAAUUCUAUACGAGCUGAAUGUGAUCUUUUACGUGAAGAGGCUAGUCGAUGGCGUCUUGAAGUUGAUCAUAGAGAAAUGGCUAUCCAGGAAUUAGAAUUACAAAUGCAAACUGAACGUGAAUCAUUACGACGUAAUAUUGAAUUGUAUGAACAACAAGCAGAACGUGAAAAACAGCUGAGAGAAGAAGCUGACACAGAGCUGGCACAUUUACGACAAUCAAUACGUCAAUCCGAGGAGACAUUCAGUCGUCAGAAAGCUGAGCUACACACUAAACUUAUGUCAACUGAAUCAGAAUUGAAUCGAUUAAGACAAUUAGCAUCAUCAGCAUCCAAUGAAUCAUCAGCGUCAUCGCGUCAAUCAAUACCGAGUCGAAGUGAUCCAGAAAAUAUCUUGACACUUGAAUCUCGUAUAAGACAAUUGACCGAUAAUCUCUUAUCGAAACAAGAUGCCUUGGACUCAGUCUUAGCACAGAAUCAUGCUUUGAAGAUUCGACUUGAUCGUGUUAUGAAUGACAAUGAGUCGCUUGUCUCAGCUUUAUCCUCUGAUGACGCUCAGUUGAUCUUAGAAAAUGGUAGACCUUAUCAAUCUGUUGGAUAUGGUUGUACUCGGCUUAAUUUACAUAAUUCACCUAUGCCGAAACAACUGAAAUUAUUGGCCUAUCGGAUCGAUAACUUUGGUAUUCGUAUGGCAAAUACAUUUCGUCGUAUCCCAAUCAUUCGUCUUAUAACAAUAUCCUAUUUAUUGUUACUUCAUAUAUGGAUGAUUCUCUCAUUUCUGCUGCCUGUGAAUAACACGACAACUACUGUUAGUAUGAGUAACAGUAAGUUACCUGCUGAUCAGAAUUCACCGGUUGUCGUCGAUUCAGUUAAUCAAAUUCCUGUUGUGUUAAACAAGCCUUAAACAGCUGUCUUGUUACUUACUGUCUUAUUACUGAAGAUAGAAACUUUAGUCGACUGACUGCUGCUCAUCAAUGAUUUGUAUUUUUUGUUGUUGUUGUUUUGUCCUUGCUAAUUUCGUUGUAUUGUCUCUCCUACUUUUUCUUUUUUGUGAUACUUUAUCUCAUGUCGUACAUGUGACAUUCAAUUUCCCUUUCUGUUAAUCUCUUUUCCGUCUUCUUCUUUGCCUCCUCAUCCGUUUUUUGUAUCCUUUUGAGAAAAAUGGUGUUAUGUUAAUGUGGUGUUGUUGAACUAGUGUGUACAUCUGAGGUGUUUUUGAAAUUCUUUCUUUUUAUUGAUUUUUAUUACUUUCCAGUGAAUUCCUUUAUUUAAAUAUUUCAAUAAAUUAUAACCAAUCAGAUUAAUUCAACCUUUCUUCUUUUUCAAGGUCACCUGUAGAAUGUGCAUAUUUAUAUCUCUGAUAUAAUAAUAAAUUGAAUU